AGGCUUAAGCCUCCUAAUAUCGCCAACAAUCGCCUUUCAUACUAACAUUUAGUUAAUUGCUCUCAAGCACUAGUUGCGGUAUUACGUGUUUUACUUACGAUUCUGCAGUUGCAAAAUGUCGAAGACCCGUGUGUACGUUGUCGGUGUGGGCAUGACCAAGUUUGAGAAGCCCGGUCGCCGAGCUGAUGUAUGCUACCCGGAUUUUGCCAGGGAGGCGAUCACAAAAGCUCUACAGGAUGCGGGCAUCAAGUACGAGGAAGUGCAGCAGGCGGUGGCCGGCUACGUUUACGGAGACUCCACCUGCGGACAGCGGGCCAUCUACGAGGUGGGAAUGACCGGUAUUCCUGUCUAUAACGUCAACAACAAUUGCUCCACGGGAUCGAGUGCCCUCUAUUUGGCCAAACAGAUCGUCGAGAGCGGAAACGCAGAUUGCGUCCUAGCUUUGGGAUUCGAAAAGAUGGAGCGUGGAUCCCUGUCCUCAAAGUACUUUGAUCGCGCCAAUCCCAUGGAGCGCCACAUCACCGAGAUGGGUGAGCUGACCGAGAUCGGAGCUGGUCCCAUGGCUGCCCAGAUCUUCGGCAAUGCCGGCAAGGAACACAUGAAGAAGUAUGGCACUAAGCCCGAGCACUUCGGCAAGAUCGCUUGGAAGAACCACAAGCACUCCGUCAAUAAUCCCUACUCGCAGUUCCGCGAUGAAUACACUCUGGAGCAGAUUAUGAAGUCGCCCCAGGUUGUGGAGGGAGUGCUCACAAAGCUGCAGUGCUGUCCCACUUCCGAUGGAUCUGGAGCUGCCAUUCUCGCCUCCGAGGCUUUCGUGCGUCGCCACGGAUUGGAAAAGCAGGCUGUGGAGAUUGUGGGCAUGGAGAUGGCCAGCGACCCGGCGUCCACCUUCGCCGACAAGAGCUUGAUGAAGAUUGCUGGAACCGACAUGACUCGUCUGGCCACCCAGCGUCUGUUCGCCAAGAGUGGGUACAAGCCCCAGGAUGUCCAGGUGGUGGAGCUGCACGAUUGCUUCUCGGCCAACGAGUUGGUCACGUAUGAGGCACUUGGCUUGUGUGGAGAGGGCAAGGCCGGCGAGUUUAUCGACGCUGGAGACAACACCUACGGUGGCAAGUUCGUGGUCAACCCAAGUGGUGGCCUGAUCUCGAAGGGCCAUCCUCUGGGCGCCACGGGUCUGGCUCAAUGUGCUGAGCUCUGCUGGCAGCUCCGUGGAUUGGCUGAGAAGCGCCAGGUGCCCAAUGCCCAGUUGGCUCUGCAGCACAAUCUGGGACUGGGAGGAGCUGUAGUGGUUGCUCUGUAUCGUCUUGGCUUCCCAGCUGCCAACAGCGUGGUUCGCAAUCUGACCGCUGCCGGCAAGGCUGCUACCAGUGAGGAUGGUUUUAAAGUGGCACCCCUACUGAAACUAUUGGAGCAGGCCAUGCAGGAGGAUAAGGACAAUCUGAUAGAAAAAGUGCGCGCCAUUUAUGGCUUUAAGGUUAACAACGGACCCAAUGGCCAGACCGGAUUUUGGGUAAUUGAUGCCAAGCAGGGCAAGGGAAAGAUCAUCUUUAAUGGAACACAAAAAUGUGAUGUUACCUUUAUCAUAAGCGACGAUGAUGUGUUUGAGCUGCUGACAGGAAAGCUGCCACCCCAAAAGGCCUUUUUCCAGGGCAAGAUCAAGAUCCAGGGCAACAUGGGAUUUGCCAUGAAACUGAUGGACCUGCAGCGAUCCGCCCAAGGAAGGAUCGAGGAGCUGCGCUCCAAGCUAUAGGCUCGUCUUCUUGUGCAAUGCAACACCUUGGUGGCUUUGGAUCUGUUAAACCUAAUUAUAUGAAUAUAUCCAGCAUACGCUUUUUAUACGACUUUUGUAUUAUAUCUGUAGAGAUUAAACUGUUAUUUUCGCAAUCGAAA